AUGGCGCAAAAACUGAUUGGAGCUAUCCUUCCACCUCCAGCAAUUAUGAUUAAAGACGAGCGCAAAGUGCGGCUGAUUACGUAUGCACAUGACGUAGAGCGUGAUAUGUAUCAAAAGGCUAAUAGCAAGGAAGAGUAUUAUCAAAUGUUAGCCGUGAAAAUCUACAAGAUAAAGAAGGAAUUGGAAGAAAAACGUAAAACUCGUUUAGCGAAAGAAGGAGUAAAUUUUUUGCCCAAUCGGGAAAAUUCUCAAGUGCCUUUAGCAAACAACGAUAAACCGAUAUCGAAACAAUUGAUUCAAAAUUUAAAUCCAGCCUUACCGAACACGAAGGCUCGUGGUGGUGAUCCUUCGGCGUCCAACAAUUCUUCUAGGGUAUCUUCCCCUUGCGAUGAAAUGUCGAAUUCACGGAAAUCUGUUUCCGAAAAGAAAAUGUUCAGCAAAGAGGAGUUGCAUCAACCCUUGAUGGCAGUAUUACAGAAGUUAUCUAGCUCCGCUGAUGCUGAGCCUUUCAGAGAGCCGGUUGAUCCGAAAGUAUUGAAUAUUCCAGAUUAUUUUGAUAUCAUAAAGCAUCCUAUGGAUUUAUCUACAAUUAGUCGCCGUCUGCAUCAAGGAAUGUACAAAAGCCCAUGGGGAUUUUGUGAUGAUAUGUGGUUGAUGUUUGAAAAUGCCUGGUUAUACAACAAGAAAAAUACGAGAGUCCACAAGCAGUGCACUAAGCUUGCUGAGCUAUUUGAAAAAGAAAUUACCCCUGUCAUGAGAGGUUUUCAUUACUGUUGCGGGAAAAAGUAUGUUUUCAACCCUCAAGUAUUGUGUUGUUAUGGAAAACAACUGUGUACUAUCCCAAGAGACAAAGUUUAUUGGACUUAUCAAGACAGAUACCAUUUCUGUGAAAAGUGUUAUAGUGAAAUCGAAGGUGAGAAUGUUAGAAUAGGAGAUGACCCGAUCAUCCCUCAGAGUAUGGGAUAUCUUGAUAGUGCUAUACCGAAGAAAUACUUUAAAAAGAAAACAAAUGAUCACUUAGAACCUGAACCCUGGACAGCUUGCAUAGACUGUGGACGAAAGUUUCAUUCCAUUUGUGUCCUUCACUAUGAUCAACUAUCAUCUAAUGGGUACAUAUGUAGUCAUUGUUUGAAAACUUCUGGAUCAAGGAAAAGAGAUAGUAAAUAUUCAGCUAACAAACUUCCAGAUUCGAAUUUAAGUGAUCACAUAGAAAAGAGAGUCAAUAAUUUCUUAAAAGGCAAGGGUGCCGGUAAUGUUACCGUGCGGAUGGUAUCGAAUGUUGAAAAAACUGUAGAGGUGAAGCAGGGAAUGAGGACAAAAUUUCAAGAUCAAUUUCCAGAGUCAUUCCCAUAUCGUGCUAAAGCCCUAUUCGUUUUUGAAGAAAUUGACGGAACAGAUGUAUGCUUCUUUGGUAUGCAUGUUCAGGAAUAUGGAACAGAUUGCUCACCCCCUAACAAAAGUUAUACAAUGGCACAUAUUUGGGCUUGUCCUCCAAGCGAAGGUGAUGACUAUAUCUUUCACUGUCAUCCACCUGAGCAAAAGAUACCCAAACCUAAGCGCCUGCAAGAGUGGUACAAAAGGAUGCUUGAUAAGGCCAAGAAAGAGAGUGUAGUUGUUGAUUACAAGGAUAUCCAUAGAAUGUCACAGGAAGAAAACAUUACCAGUGCUAAUCAGUUGGCAUAUUUCGAGGGCGAUUUCUGGCCAAAUGUUCUAGAAGAGAAUAUUAAGGAAAUAGAUCAAGAAGAGCAGGAGAGAAAGGCGAGUGCGGCGGCUGAAGCUGCUGGACAGGGUUCUAAUGGUACGAAAAAAACGGCAAAGAAGGGGAAAAUGAAGAAAAAUAGCAAAAGUAAGACAAAUAAUACACGAAAAAAUAAAAAGAAUCCAUAUGCUGGAACGGAUCUUACGCAGCGGCUAUUUGCAACUAUGGAAAAACAUAAAGAGGUAUUCUUUGUCAUCCGAUUAUACUCUGUGGAAGAGGCGAAAGAAGUACCAGAUAUAAAAGAUCCAGACUUAGUCAUGUCUUGUGAUUUAAUGGAUGGUCGUGAUGCAUUUUUAACGUUAGCUCGUGAAAAGCACUUUGAAUUUUCCUCAUUAAGGCGAGCAAAGUACUCGACAAUAGCAAUGCUAGUAGAAUUGCAUAAUCAAGGGCAAGACAGAUUCGUAUACACGUGUAACAAUUGUAGUAAUCACGUUGAAACAAGAUACCAUUGUUCGAUAUGUGAUGACUUUGAUUUAUGUUUAUCCUGUUAUGAUAAAUUUGGACAUGAACACAAAAUGGAGAAAUUGGGCUUAGAUUUAGGGAAUGAAUGUAAUGGUGAUGAUAAAUCUCGAAAUCCACAAGAAUCACGACGCCUAUCAAUACAACGAUGUGUCUGGUCAUUGCAGCAUGCUUGUACUUGCCCUGGAUGCGAUGUAAAAAGUUGUAAUAAAAUGAAGUGGAUAGUUCAGCAUAGUAAGAACUGUAAAACGAAAAACUCUGGUUGUCAUGUUUGCAAGCAGCUCAUAGCACUUUGUUGCUAUCAUGCAAAAACUUGUAACGAUAACCAUUGUCCAGUUCCAUUCUGUUCAAGUAUUAAACAAAAAUUACGUAUGCAGCAGAUGCAACGUGAUCAAUGGACAAGAAGGCGAAUGGCUGUAAUGCAAACUAGUACUCCUGCAUACAAUAACCAAUUUGUCUCCCAAGAGCCUAUUCAACAAACUGUUAGAAGUCAAGUUGCAUAUAAUUCGAUGCAGGGUGGUCCUUCUCGUGGACCACCUAACAACAUCGGCUCUAAGGACGCAUUAAAACAAGGACGUAAUCCUCAUACAAUGCAAAUUGGUAUGGGUAGAGGGCAAUUACGAAACGCAUCACCAUCGUUGAUCUCACAGUCACCAUCAUCUCUGGGUAAUAAUCCUGCUGUUGGGCGACAAACGUUUACAUCUUCAGAAAAUAAUUAUCAACCUUAUCGAAAUCCUGUACGACCGGACAUUAAUAGAAAUUUAAAUCGAAACAAUGACCUUGCCGUACAACAUAUGGAUCCUUCAAAAGCGCCUAAAGUUAUGACAGAACAAAAACAGAAAAUGCUACAGAUGUUACAAAAUAACUAUCAACAUUCUGUACCUAAUAAUGUUAAUCAGAACCCAACAAAUAGUAUGACUGGAAACUAUGUGAAAUCUGCUCAAGAUCCAUCAAAUCAAUUCCUUCCCAAUAAGCAAGUGCAACUGCAACAACAAAUGAAUAAGCAGCAAAUAUAUCCUGGCCAAGCUAACCCAACAAUGCAACGCUUGAAUAAUCAGCCAAAUAGGCAACAUUUUCAACAACAACAACAGCAGCAGCAACAGUCGCAUCAAAUGCAACCACCACAACGUCAAAUGGCAGCACAACAAUUUCAACAACCGCUGCAACAACAAUCACGGCCUCAAGGUCUUCAACAUAACCAAAUUCGACAGGUGCAGAUGCCGCAGCAGCAAUUGCAAGCGUCACAUCCGACGCAAAUGAUUUCAUCGAAUCCUAUUAACGGUAAUAAUCAAAUAAAAUCAGGUUCGGUUAUGCAACAGCAACCAUCUGGUGUGCAACAAUCACAAAGAUUUAUGACGCAGCCAGUUAUGGGUCAAAACCCACGAAUGUCUCAGCAACGCGUUGUAAAAGGCCCAUUGCAUCAAAACGUUAAUAAGACAUCACUAAAUACUAUGACUCCACAGCAAAGAGUCAUGUCACCAACUCAGUCAACCCAUGGACCGCCGGCUGGAAUUGCCCAGCAGCGUAACAGUUUUCAGUCACGUAAUGUGGUAUCUUCACAGCAACAGGUUAUUUCGUCUUCACAAGGACUUAUAGGGCAAAAUCCAGCGGUGUCCUCAAGAAAUUUAUCAGCAUCUCAACAAGGAGUGUUAUCAACACCUUCAGUGCCUCAGGCACCACCGAACGUGAAUCAAAGAAGUAUCAUUAUACCACCUAGAAAUUUUCAAGAUAGAGUUAUUUCUCCUCAUACAUCGCAAGCCGGUGUAUCUCAACAACAAUCGCCAGUUAUGUCUCCGAGAAAUAUGCAUCCUCUGCCUCAGAGAGUUUUGUCUCCUGCUCAAUCAUUGCCUGCGUCGUCUAUGGUAUCACCUCAAGGCAAUGUAUUAUCCCCAAGGGGACUGCAAAAUCACCAAGGAAAGGUGAUGUCUCCGACUCAAUCAAUGCCUAAUGCUUCUGUUGUAUCGCCUCAAAAUCAUCAAAUUCGAAGUGGCGCAGGUAUAACGCCAACUCAGCAACAACAAGUGAUGUCACCUACAAUGGCCAAUCAACAAGCUCAUGGUGCACAAUCAGCGCUAUCUCCUAGAAACCAGUCAUAUCAUUCUAAUGUUAUGAUGGCCUCACCUCCUCAUAUAUCUCUAUCGCCAAGGCCAGCUCAGUCUUAUCAAAUCGGUGCUUCACCUAUACCGAACAAGUCUCCGGCCUCGGUGACACAUAAGCCAAAUCAGUCACCGAUUAUGCAAGAUACAAAUUUUUCUAUGAAUAAUGUUAGCUCUUUACCAUCCACCAACAUAGCUAGUGAUCACCUAGGACAGGAUGACGAUCCGUUAUUAUCUCAAGAUCAUCUAAGUCAGUAUGUAAUGUAG